AUGGCCUCAUCAACUUCCACUCCACUAUCUCUAUCUUCUUCUUCUUCUACCCUCAUUGACACCAAGGCGGCUACUCGCCAAUCUGCGGCCGCAUCCUCGCAAUGGGUAGCAUUGCCGACCCUCCCACCACCACCAGUGCAGUCACAAAGUCGCGCUGCCAAGACCACUGCCUACUGUCGAAAGAUUGCACGGAAUGUUAUGGCAAUGGCAACUGGGGAGGCACCAGCUGAAGUUGUUGCAACCACUGAGCUUCCGGAGAUUGUUAAAACAAUUCAAGAAUCUUGGGACAAAGUCGAAGACAAGUAUGCAGUGACUUCUCUGGCAUUGGCUGGAGGAGUUGCCUUGUUGGCCUCUUCUGGAAUGAUCUCGGCAAUUGACAGGCUCCCACUGGUACCUGGUGUGCUUGAGCUAGUGGGAAUUGGAUAUACUGCUUGGUUUGCAUACAAGAACCUGGUUUUCAAACCAGACAGGGAAGUCUUGGUACAGAAAAUCAAAGACACAUAUAAGGAAAUUAUCGGAACCAGCUGA